GAGGUAGUAAAGCAGUGAAGGAUGAGCAAGCUCUCGAGCGAAGUUCUCCGCGAGAGCGUUUCCACCGUGGUGGAGGGGUCUAAGGCCAAGCCCCGCAAGUUCCUGGAGACGAUUGAGCUGCAGAUUGGUCUGAAGAACUAUGACCCCCAGAAGGAUAAGCGUUUCAGCGGCACCGUCAGGCUGCCGUUCGUGCCUCGCCCGCGCAUGAAGGUGUGCGUUCUCGGUGAUGUGAAGCACUGCGAGCAGGCUGGCGCCAUCGGCGUUGACGCUAAGGGUGUGGAGGACCUGAAGAAGCUGAACAAGAACAAGAAGCUGGUCAAGAAGCUGGCCCAGAGCUACCACGCUUUCCUGGCGUCGGACUCCGUCAUCAAGCAGAUUCCUCGUCUGCUGGGCCCCGGCCUCAACAAGGCCGGCAAGUUCCCUGCUCCUAUCAACAAGAACCUGGAGGAGAUGGUGAACGAGACCAAGAGCAGCAUCAAGUUCCAGCUGAAGAAGGUGCUGUGCAUGGGUGUUGCCGUCGCCAACGUUGGCAUGACGGAGGGCGAGAUCCGCACCAACAUCAUGUACGCCGUCAACUUCCUGGUGUCCCUGCUGAAGAAGAACUGGCAGAACGUGCGCUGCCUGUACAUCAAGUCCACCAUGGGCAAGCCCAUCCGCGUCUACUAAAGGCGCUGGCAGGGUGAAGUGCCUCUGGAAUGGCGGUCUGAUGUUUUUUCGGCUAUGUGCUGCUUGCUGGGUUAAACCAUGCGUGCUGGCCCCAUGCACGGUCCUGCGGCGCCGUAGAUCGAUUGUCUCCGGAACCCACCACCACGGUUGAAAACGCUUGUCGCACGGACGUUACCAAGGGCUGCGGCUUUAAGUCGGCGGCACCUCUGGGAGCUCACUUUGUGGCUUGGUUGUUCGUUGCGCUUUGCUGCGUCUGGGAUGGACCCAUGUUACCUUUUGAACGAACUUUCCGAUCC